CUGACCUUCAUGGCAUGACUUCCUCAUAGAUGGAGGAGGCAAUUAAGCCGCUUCGCGAGGUCGCUGACUCCUUGCAAGGCUGGGUGGUGCGUAUUGGGAGCUUUCUGGAGCGUGCGGAGGCUGCUCUGCAAAGGCUCCCUCUUGCACAGGCUCCCGUGGUUGAGUCUUCUGUUGGCUUCAUGGAUGAGGCGGGUGCGGAGCUCUUUGGUAGCUUCUCGCCCCGUGUUGGGUCUAGUUCGACGCCUCUUGUGUUGCCGAACUCCGUGGGUGAGGCAUCCACUGAGGUUGUGUCUCCGGUGCUGCAGAUCAUGCCCGAGUUGCAGGUGUUGUGUGGGGAACAUGUUUCGCCUGUGUCGAUGGAGCAGCUCAAGUUGGACUCUCUCCAGGCUUCGAAGGUGGACCCUGUGUCCUCACCACCCCCCGUGGAGCUUUGUCAGGCUUUGGAGGUGGACCUAGUGCCCUCACCACCACCUGUGGAUCCUUGUCAGGGGUCAGACAACCUACCUCUCAGCGUCUUGGAGCACGGAGUUUUAGAUGUUGCUGCCCUUCCCUCGUCUGCAACCAUCGGGCAGGUGAUGCAUGAACGGCGACCGAUAUGGCCUCAAAUGCGCAGUUUCUUGCUGUGAUCCUGCUGCAUCUGUGCACCACGUCCUCCUCCCUAUACCUUGGUCCACCACGCCAGGCGCACGACUACCUCCGCUUUGCCGACGUCAAUCGCCAUUGCCAGUCCGUGCUCUCGUCGCCGCCGAGCUGCCCUACGAAGCCAACCGUCCCUACCAAGUGAGGCACCAGCUAUCCUUCGAGAAGGGCGACUGGCGCCAGGACGCCGGCCGUGCGCCUCUCCUGCCGUUCGACGCCGUGACGCGCCAAAGAUGGGUGCUUGCAGUCGCCGGUUGCCUGAGCCCCUGUCGCGCCAAAGAUGGGUGCUCGCAGUCGCCAGUUGCCUGAGCCCCUGUCCCUCGCAACAUUCGUUGUCACGCAUGUCGACGACGACGAGGAGCACCGUGCACCGUGCAAGGCCAGCCGUCAAUGUCAGCGGCGUCCUCGUCCUUGCCCUUGCCUGGAAGACUGCCGCGCCGGAGUUCGGGCCAGGCAUGUCGGCCGUGUCGCCGGAGUUCAACCUUUCGGCAGGCAGCACCAGGCUCAAGAUUAUAUAAGAAGGCGUGUACACGGAGAGUGCGGAGAGCAAUGGGGAUGACGACGGCGAGCGAGUGCUGUGCAUGGUCGGGAGCGCUGUCCUGCCGAAGCGCAGCACCGGCGGCGUUGACCCGUGGGACUGGGCCAAGAACUCCGGCCGGAGCAGCUUCCAGUCGCCUGUAACGGCCGACAACAACAUACUGCUCGUGCUACGGUACUCGAAGAAGCUGACACUGACAACCCGAGCGGUGAUCGGCACGAUGCGGAGCACCCGCGGCGCGCUCCAGGCUUAGCGGGAAGACACUGUCGGCCGAGGGAGCGUGGAACGCAUCGACGGGGCAGGAAAGAAGGCGUGCAACUUCCGGGUGUGCCUCUUCUUCCCGACUGUUGAGUAUAAUGUUUAUUAGGAAAGACGAGAUAGACUAGGAUUUGUUCUGG